AUGGUCGGCAUCGACCCCGGACCGGCAGCUCCUGAGAAAAGCGGCGCCUCCGAGGCCUCUCGAGUCGGUCGAGAGCAACUGGUCAUUUUCCUCGCGGACUCCCUGAGGGGCAUCGUGGUGGAGCGGGCCCCCCUCGUCAUGGCCAUGGCCCGGGGGGGAGGCGAGGUGGCUGUCACCAGUGAGCAGCUGGCUGAGGACCUGAUUUCUGCUGUAGUUCACAUUCUGGUCCACAGGGGGCGCCUGCAGGCCUGGCAGCCAGAGAGGAUGGGCGACAGCUGCCUGGCCGUCAAACUGCUGGCUCAGCAGAUGUGUUCUGAGCUCCAGCCCUCAGAUGAAGGGAGCUACGAUGUUUCCUAUGUGGAGGACUGGAUCUCCUGGGUGUCCCCGGUGUGGUUGUACCUGGAGAUGCUGGUGGCCGAGGGCCUGGACGUGGCCCUGAUUGCCGCCCCCCCCCUGCUGCCCCCCUGCAGGGAGGAGACGCCCUGGAGGGACGUGAGGAGUCUGCUGGACAUCCCCACGCUCAUGUUCCUCACAGCGCAGGUACCCAUCUGA